AUAUAUUGUAAAAAAUGGAUUAAACUAAAUUUUUAGUAAACUUCAAAAUUUUCGUUACGUUUUUUUGCGAAAUUUGACAAAAUUCUAAGUUUUUUUGAAAUAAAAAUAAAAUAAAGCCUGAGAAAAUAUACCUCUUCUCAAAGAUGAGCUUUUUAAGACCUAUGUAUUUUGGAGAUCAGGGAUUGCCAACUGUGUCAGAAGUCUUAAAUAGAGCCGAUUAUCACUUAUCAGAAGACUUAGAAACUUCUUGCUCAAAGCGUACGUGCUCCAUAACAGAUGAGGAAUUGGAUAAGAUCAUCAAGGAAACGCAAAAAGCACAAUGGGCACAAAAAGCAAAAGAACAACCGUUAGACUUCAAUACAAAAUCCAAGAAAGUAUCGAAUCAACAUGAUCAUCUGAAGAACAUGUCCAACACUGUGAAGAAGCUGAAUACAAAGAUACAGAAUGAUAAUAAUCUCUGUUCCAAAGGAAUGUUAAAGCAUUUAAAUCAAAGUAUUAAAUCUAUAGAUUACAAGAGUAAGCCGUUUCCAGACGUUGGCGAGCUCCCAAGUAAUGUAUAUGGUUUUUUCAAUAAUCAAUAUAAACCGGAAUUAAAUUGGGAUAAGCCAGAGUUAACAACAGUUGAUGAUAAUGUAAUCUUAAUCUCAGGAAAACAGAGUAAUUGUAGGAAAGGAACACCGAAAAGAUUAUCAAAGAAUCGAUCAAAAGAAGAACCAUGUACUGUUUUAUUUAUGAGCCCCAGAAACCCAGGUGGAGCCACACAACCAACAAUAGAAGAAGAAUCUAUGAAGAAUAUUUGUAAUCAAAAUUGCUUCAUACCGCCAAGUACAAAUCUGCACAAAAGUGAUAAGGUACCAAUAAGAGUAAACGUAUAUGAAGAACCUUUUGGUGGGAAGCGUUCAAAACUGACAAAUAUCACUGAAAUUAACUGUGAUGAUGUCAAGGUACAUCUUCUUAAUGAAGCAUAUGAAAAAUUAGAUAGAAACUACAAUUUAAACUUUGGCAAAUUAGGAGCAAUAAACGAUGAUAAUUUCUGUAAUACAUUAGGCACAAGAAACAAUAGCAUCAACUAUGGACAAUCGGAAGAAAAUAUCAAAAGUAACAAAAUAGAAGAAAAACAUCUCAACAAUGCGCAAGAAGAGGAGUUCAAUGAUGGUGCAUGUAGCAACUUCAGUAUGGAUAGCUUGAAAAACGAUAGUCUUAGUAAUAUUAAAGUUAAACUUCUAGACGACCACUGUUACAAGUCAACCAGUCCCAAAGUUUUUAAAAGCAAUGUUUGUAAAUCUGGUCAAAAACCACGUCUUAAUGAGUGUGAAGUUAAACAUCUAGACGAUCAUUGUUACAAGUCACCUAGUCCCAAAGUUUUUAAAAGCAAUGUUUGUAAAUCUGGUCAAAAACCACGUCUUAGUGAGUUUGAAGUUAAACUUCUAGACAAUCAUUGUUACAAGUCACCUAGUGCAAAAACUUUUAAAAGCAAUGUUUGUAAACCUGGUAAGAAACAACGUUGUUGUAAGCAACCAUGUUGUUGUAAAAAACAGUUAGGUAAUCAGCAGGAAAUGUGUAGCUAUACAAGGAAAGAUAAUCGAACAGAUCCCUUGCUAAUUGAUAUGUUUGACGAAGAUUACGUUAACUUUACAGGUGUUAAAAGAUCUAGUAAAGUAUGUUUGAUUGAUGAUAAUAACGAUAAAUUCAACAGAAGUAGUUAUGAUAUGGACCAUAAUUACAUUAUGUCCAUGUUGAACAACAAAGAAUCAGACACUCGCAUAACAAAUUCCAUAAGCUCUGAGGAGGAAGUAUGUGAACCUAAAUGCAGAAAAACAGCUGAUGGCAUCAAACAGAAUUACAUAAAUGACAAUAAUUAUAGUAUACAGAAUAAAUACAAUCUGCAAGCAAUGUGUAGCAAAGAAAGCUGGUGUAGACUGCAAUCAGGCUGUGAAGAAACUGAAACAAAACCAAUUCAAGCAAAUGCUACAAGACCAAAGCCACCCUUUAAAUGGGAGUUUGAUCCCAAUGCUAAUAAUUAUCACGGUGAAGAUCGUAAUAAUUUGAAGGGUAAACAGGGUAUAGCAAGGAAAAUCAGUUUGCAAACCAUUAGCAGCGAUAGUACACUAGAUAACCACAAACGACAAGAAAAUAUGCGGCUCAACCGCAAAGAUUUUAAUCAAUUGAAAGCUGAACAGAAUGAAGCCAUGAAGAACAAUUUGCUAAACAUGAUUAACAGUAGUUCACUUCAUAAUCAAGAAUUGCAAAAAAAUAUGCAAUUAGCUUGUCGUGGUUCCGGUGGAGCUGACAAUCUAAGCAAAGAUCAAGAAGUUUAUUUAAAAAAUUUAAUCGGAAAAAUCGACGAAUCUGAGAAAAAUUUGGUUUCACAAUACGAGUUGGUCUGUGACGAUUUAAAAUCGCGUAAACAAUACUUACGCGAAUCUGAUCGAACACUCAAUUAUUUAUUGGAUCAAGUUGUCACACUCGAUGAUGGACUACUUAGAACAAUGGAUAAAAUUGCUUUCUUUUACGAACAAAAACCGAAACAUGUUGCUACUACAUUACGUAGAGUUCAGAAAUACAGAGAUGAGCAUACUAGUCGAAGCCAAGAAAGCUUAUCUAGUUCACAACAAACAGAGGAGCUCACACUCUUAGCAGACGUUUAAAUUUACGUGUGUUCUUUAUUGGCAUGAAACUUUAGUGAAACCGACAAAUACAUCAAAUACGAAAUUGUCCAGAUUACAUCGGAUCUCAUCAAAUGAAAAGAAGUUUGCAACAGAAACAGAAACUUUUGUACAGAGCAUAUUAGUAUCAUUAACACUUAAUACAUUUAAAUGAGAAGCAUUCUCCAGUAAGAACACAAUAUAUUUAUAGUUAAAUAAU